AGUAGACGCUUCAUCAUAGCUCAUUUGCUUCACGGUUUGUUGAAAAGGAUAUUAUCCUGAUGUUAUGAAUAUUUUUCUAAUGAUUUAGAGGUGUAUUCGCUAUCGGACAUCAAACUUUAACGGACAUUGGACUGAAUCUAGUUAUUCAGGUUUUUAGUUUCACCUGCACCGCUGAAGACGCAAACAAGCUAAAGCAGAAGUGCGCUAAGGAAAAAAGACCGAAGCAGCCGGUUUCCAGCUUUCCGAAAUUUCUUCAACUAUACCCCCCACAACCAUCUUUAGCAUGAUGUCGUAUCUCAAGCAACCACCUUACACGGUCAACGGGCUAAGUUUAACUACCUCCGGGAUGGAUCUUUUGCAUCCCUCCGUUGGAUACCCAGCGACUCCUCGAAAGCAGAGACGAGAAAGGACAACAUUUACUAGAGCGCAACUAGAUGUGCUGGAGGCUUUAUUCGCGAAAACGCGCUACCCGGAUAUUUUCAUGCGUGAGGAGGUAGCCUUGAAAAUCAACUUGCCGGAGUCCCGUGUACAGGUUUGGUUCAAAAACCGAAGGGCAAAGUGUCGCCAACAGCAGCAGCAACAACAAAACGGAGGCCAGAACAAGGUGCGACCUGCCAAAAAGAAAAGCUCUCCAGCGCGGGAGGCCAGUUCUGAGAGCGGAGCGAGCGGCCAGUUCACCCCGCCCUCCAGCACUUCAGUCCCGGCCAUCUCCACCACAACCGCGCCGGUGUCCAUUUGGAGCCCGGCCUCCAUCUCGCCGCUGUCAGACCCACUUUCUACCUCCUCCUCCUGCAUGCAAAGAUCCUACCCAAUGACCUACACUCAAGCGUCUGGAUACAGCCAGGGCUAUGCUGGUUCCACUUCCUACUUUGGGGGCAUGGACUGCGGCUCCUACUUGACGCCCAUGCACCAUCAGUUGACCGGGCCGGGAUCCACUUUGAGCCCCAUGAGCAGCAACGCUGUCACCAGUCACCUAAACCAGUCUCCAGCGUCUCUCCCCACACAAGGUUACGGUGCCUCGGGGCUCGGCUUCAACUCCACCGCGGAUUGCUUGGAUUAUAAGGACCAAGCGUCCUCGUGGAAACUGAACUUCAACGCUGACUGCUUGGAUUACAAAGAUCAGACUUCCUCCUGGAAAUUCCAGGUGUUGUGAAACUAAAAACCAUCUGCCACUCUGUCCAACCAACACCCUAAAAGACCAUAAAAUAAACGUUGUAUACCUGCCAUCCUUCCAAAAAAAGAAGUGUUCCGUGACGCGCGAACUCUCCCAGAUGGAUGGGUUGCAUUGAGCCCGACAGCGCUUGUGAAGUUUGAAGUCUUUGACAUGAAAUAUCUAUUUGAGCUACACGCACCCCUUGUUGGCGUGCAAAGUAGUAUUUGAAGGGUUGUGAAUGCGUAUAAACAUAGGCCAUUUGACCACAACCUGUUGUUAAAGGUACAGGGAAUCAAAGUGAAUUUGUAAUAAGUUAGGUCAAAGCCACGGAACAAAUCCUUACACAAGAAAAGAGGAGAAAAAACUACACAGCAAAAGGAGCCAAUCUUUUGGUUAAGUGCUUGGAAUGGGCAGGCUUUCUCUAAGCCUCUUACAGCACGCCGACCUAUUUCAAUGUUGGCAAGACGAGAGACACUUCCAUCAGGAGGAUGAUAGAGAGGAUGUGUGCGAGUGUACGUGUGUGCGUGCGUGCGUGUGUGUGUGUGUAUGUGUGCGUGUGUGUGCUGAACGCCUCCAUGGCGACCUGGAUGCACUACUUUAUUUAAGAAAAGGUGUUUAUAAGGAAUCAAUAUGUAGUUUUUAAAGACAAUCAAUGUGUGUCUUAUAUAAAUGGUACAUUUGUGUUUUUUUUAUCUGUGCUAGCCUUCGAAACUGUGAUCUGUUGUAACUGUAUGCAAUUUGUGAGCUCCGUCGCAUCUGCGAAGACUCGGCUGUGAUUUUAAUAGAUUUUAAACUUUUUUUGGUUUGGUUUGGUUUUGUUUAAGAAAACACGACAGUAAAUAAUACUAGUCAUAAGAUUGCUAUCGAAUUAAUUUCAAGAGACAAACAAUCUCGAAAACACAGGGACUCAAGAGAAUGUGUAAGAAAGGAACUGUCUGUCCCCGUUCAUUGAUCUUCAUUGGUCAUAACUGCUAUACCACCCACGUGGAUCUUAAACUUGUCUGGAGCGGUAAUGUGGUCCCGCCACAGACAUAUUAAUAAACAAUUUCAAAUCUGACACCAUAUUUAAAGUUAUU